CUCCGCGCUUCCGCCGGAAGCGGCUGAUUCCGCCGCGGGGGAACUUCCGCCAGUACUUCUGCCAGGCAAUGCUUCUGAUUGGUCCGGGCCGCGUUUGGCGCCUCUCGCCAGAGGUCUCGCGAGAGAAGCAGCGCAGCCAUGUUUGUUGAGGGCAAUUCUGUGGGCUCAUCAGAGCGCUCCGCGUUCCCUCCUAAAUCCAGCCGGGAACGGCGGAAUAUAUCUGCCUGGAAAUUGUGGGAAUGAGCCUAGAUCCCCUCAGGCUGAGUCUAAACCCUUUGGGACUGAGCCUAAAUCCCCUCGGACUGAGCCAAAGCUCCCAAAUGGUGGAGCUUCCCUUGGAUAGGGGCGGUACUGGAAAGGGCGGUCAGUGACGUCUUCUCGCCCCGCCCCUUCCCGGCCCGUCCUGUGGCGGCUCCGCCAUUUUCCCGGCGCCGUGCCCGGGGCCGGUUUCGGCCUGCACCCCGAAGGUCCCGGGGCUCCUUCGCCACCGGAGUGUCCCCAAGGUGUCCCCAGUGAACAUGGAGCCCAAAGAGCUGUCCCCGGCCCUGCUGCAGCCACAGGUCACUGUGGUGGCCAUCGUGGGUGAGCUGCUGGCCACCCUGCCCAGCCUGGACGAGAUGAAUCUGCUCGUGUCCGCAUUGCGCCUGUACUGGGACCUGGAUGAAUUCACCUGGGAGUUCCGGGUCACCCUGUACUGCAUUACUGACACCUCGGGGUGCCACAAUGUCACCUCUGAUGAUGAUGAUGAUGACUCCACCACCUAUCUGAGCCAGGGCCUGGCCAAGUACAGGAACACCCCAUGGACCAGCCCAUAUGAUCUGAGAAAAGCGGACGAUCUGAUAAAAGCGGCCAGCAUCUGGCAGAUGGGGUUGUUUCUGCUUGUGGACUUGUGGGCCAAGCUGGCCAGGAAGGCCACCAAGCUCCACCAUACCUGCAGGGUGGUGGCCAACAAGGUGACCGACAUGGCGAGCACUGCCACCGCCCGGGCCAGGGAGCUGCAGGCCGAGGCUUCCUGUGAUGGCACAGCUCAGGAAAACAUGGUGGAGCUGGGUCAGGCCCUGGGUGGGGAGGAGGGGGCUGAAGUGGUUGCCGGGACUGAAGCCCAGGUGAGGAGAUAUGCCGUGGAGGCUGCCAGCGAGGCAAGAAGGGUGAGACAGCGGCUGGAGGUGGCCCUGGGGCUGCUGGAGCGCUUGGUGGCCGCGUGUGACGAAGCCACCGCCUUCCCCCGGGAGCUGCAGCGCCUGCUCAGGGGCACCGAGGCUGCCGUGAAGAGGACAAAUGAGGCAUCCCCCAAUGUCCCUCUAUGUGAAGAGGCUUGGUGGCCAAGGUGGCUGUGGCCGAGCGGCUGUGGGAGGCCAACGCCCGCCUGGUCAAGGAUCACCUGCUGGGGACACUUCAAGACAUCAUCAAGUUCUAUUUCACUGGUUGUCCCACCAGCCCCGGUGCCUGUGGGGUGGCCGAGCGGUGCCAAAGAGCCAUGGAGGACAUCCCAAGGCUCUUUCGACACCCAGAGUGUCAUCAAGGUGUCCCCAAGGUGUCCCCAGUGAACAUGGGGCCCCAAGAGGUGCGACGAGGGGGAGAGGGGGACAGAGGGGACACUGGGGAAGACACUUGGGCUGGUGGGGGGUGGCAGUGGGAACAAGAGGCUGACCAAGGGACGGA